GUCAGGGUAACGUUACAUUUUAGCUGCUUGAUCUUUCUGAUGGAAAAGAACCACGGCAUGUACGGAACUACUGUAACCGCUCCCGCUACUAGAGGGACCGUUAAACCUGCUGCACCGCUGGCGGGGUGUGUGUUGGGGAAAUAUAUGGUCGUAUAUUUUGUUCUUUCCGAUUUGAGUUUAAAAGCGUUGGCCGCCCCGUUCUCUAAAUAUUACAUAGUAGCUUGCAUAGACGCUUAGCUCAAAAAAAAUGAAGGGGAAACCGGCAAAGAAGACGCGUCGCGUCGUGGCCUGGAUGAACAAAGCGGAGUAUGAUCAUGUGUUGGAGCAUCUGUACUCAAGAGACCAUGUGUUGCAAAAACACGCACUGCACAGAAUCUCUGCCUGGCAGGGCAGGUUUGGACAAAACACUCCAGUGGCUGUAGCGAGCACAGCGGAUCUGGUCCGGUGUCAGGUGCUGGAUAACACGGGCAAUCUGGAGGCCAAUGAUCUGGUGCUUCUCUAUGGCAUGGCACUGGUUCGGUUUGUAAAUGUCAUCACAGAACGGAAACAGACAAAAAUUGCCAAGCCCUUACGACUUUUAGCCAGAAAUUUAAAUAUCCCAGAGUGGGUGGUAAACCUCAGACAUGACUUUACACACAACAAACUUCCAUCUCUGAAGUGGUGCAGAAAAGGUUGUGAGUUUGUACUGGACUGGUUGCAUAAGGAGUAUUGGUCUCGCCAGCUGGGCGGUCAGCUGACGGAGGACUGGAGCCAUUCGGAAGAGGAGGAUGAAGAGGACUCUUCUAAAAGACAAGAGGAAAUCAUGCUCAGCAGAAAGAAAGAGAUUGAGGGACACAAGAAAGUCAGAGAACUGCUCAUCACUUAUGAAAGAGAACAGUUUCAGGUAUAUGAAGAGCUGGAAAAACAAGGAGGAGAGCGUGGUGUGUGGAAGGAUGCCAGCGCUGAUCUUGGCUGGAUCUUGACACAGAUCAAACAUUUUGCAGCAGAUUCCAGAGAGAUCCUUGUUGAUGUUUUAGUUCAGGAUGGAUUUCUUAUUCCCACUGCAGAACAACUAGAGUCUUUGGAUAUUGACACUUCAGAGGACUCUGUUGACGUCUUCUCCCCACGUCUUCCUCGAGUUUUUCACCAGUUCUGGUUGCCUUUGUUGAAGGUCCUGAAUUCGUCCGUCUUUAUAAAUCUGAUUCUGGACAGACUGUUUACGGAGCUCUCGAACGAGCCGUCCAGUCACAGAGCUUAUUACAUUGCCUCUUGGAUCUCAGAAAUUUUGCUAUGCAACAGCAGGAGUGAAUUGAAAGCUCACAGGCAGUUGAAAACAUCAAAGGAGAGGAUCUUCGUGAACCGAUUAUCGCUUCCGUGGCAAACUCUCAUCUCUGCUUGUGUGAAUGCGCCAUGUCCAGCUACACCAUUCCUGCUACAACAGAUUUUGAGUGACAUGGAUAAGCCCCUCCCACCGGACACACAACAGAACCUGCUUCAGCUCUGCAGCAUCUACACACAGGGUUACCAUGGAAACUCCUCUUCUGAACCCUCAGACCCUGCUCAGCCUGUACACACCCUACAGAGCCUUCAGGAAAGGCUCAAGGCAUCACAGAACAGAGACGCUCACUCAUCGAACCACACCCCUGCAUCUCUGCAGGUUCCACCAACAGUAGAGCUUCAGGAAAAGUUGAGCCCAGACGUUCUACAGGAAAGAAACUCGGCGUUGCGAGGAUCAGCGUGGAGUGUGUGCACAGAUAAGGUCCCCUGGAAACGGUAUCCAUUAGGAAAGGUUCCCGGGCAAUCAGAGGACACCUCCUGUUUAAUGGUGGAGUCAUAUUUAACCUUAAAUGUGUUCGACCAACAGAUGGAGCUAGAUCAACUCCCACGGCACCAUGGCAACAGGAGUGCUCCACUUCAGAGCAGAGGUGCCACAGGAUCAGAUGGCCCACUUUGGACUCACAGUGACCUCAGCAAACUUAAAGCUGGACUCAAGCUAUUCUAACACCUAACACUCAACUGAGCAGCAGUCUAAAGUUACUGCCGACCCUGAACUAUAAACCAUAUCAUGCUGAAAACAAAAACUUUGGGAGCUAAGCUGGACUGACGGUCUUCUAAAUACACAUGAAAUAUUCCCGUCCUUUAAUUGUGUAUCUGUAAUUCAGAAAAGAUACAUCUCCAUGUGAAUGACCUACAAUUGGCCAGCCUCUUUGUUUGUGGAAUUAAUAAAACAAUGGUUUGUUUUGUUUAA